AUGACAACAGUAACAAGUAUGAGUCGGGAUCCUUGGUUCUUGUCUUCUUCCUUGUCAAAGUCUGAUUGUGCGGCUGCGUUAAAGAUUAGAUUUGCAGACAUAAUUGUGAAGUCGAGUAGCAACAAGUCCGAGGCUUUGAUGAAGAUCACAAGGGAGAAGGAGUUUCUAGAAAGGAACCAACUUGAAGAGAAAGCAAUGAUGGAAGAAAGGAUGAAAAUCAGACAAGAGGAAAGGCUUGCGGUCGUAAAGUUUGGAUUGGUUUUAACAACUGAUGUUGAUGAUGAUCUUAUUGAUGAUCUUGAGGAAG